AUGGAUAGGUUUGGGCAUAAUAUUCGGGCGGAUGUUAAAAAGCAGGGUUAUGAGAACUGCGAUUUGCCAAUUUUAUGUGAAACAUGCUUAGGAGAAAAUCCAUAUGUUCGAUUAAUAAGAGAAGAGAAUGGAAAAGAAUGUAAAAUAUGUAAAAACGUGUUUACUCAUUUUAGAUGGAAACCAGGUGAGAAGGCUCGAUAUAAACAAACAGUUAUUUGUAAUAUGUGUGCAAAAGUAAAAAAUGUAUGCCAAACAUGUUUAUUUGAUUUAGAAUAUAAUUUACCUGUACAAGUUCGGGACAAAUUUCUUGAAACGAGUAUUACGUUACCAGAAAAUGAAACAAAUAAAAAUUUUUUCCUAGAACAAAUGGAAAAAAAUUUAUCAUCAAAUACAUAUAAUAAAAUGAAUCAUAUAAAUAUGGAUUUGUCAAAAUUGAAAAGAUAUGAUCCAUAUUUUAAAAGAAAUAUGGCACGUGUAUGUAGUUUUUGGAGGAAAAAUGCAUGUAAUCGUGGUGAUGAAUGUCCAUAUCUUCAUAAAGAAAUACAUUUUGAUAAAUCCUUAUUUAAUCAAAAUAUAAAAAGUAGAUAUACAGGAGAGAACGAUGUGUUAGCAGAAAAAAUAUUAAAAAAAUAUAAUAACAAAUAUACAGAUGAUAAUUUUACAAAAAAUAAAAUUUGUAUUCAUGGAAUUAACGAAUCAGUUAGUCAAAUAAAUAUCAGGGAAUGUUUUAAAAAAUUUGGAGAAAUAAAAUCAUUUAAAAUGAUACCCAAGGAUUCUAAGUUGUUUAUUUCAUAUGCGGAUCCUUUAUCUGCAAAAAAUGCUGCAGAGAAGUAUAAGGACGGGUUGGAAUUAAAUGGGAGCAAUUUGAUGAUCACGUUGCAGGACCAAACGCACAAUAACACCCUCGCUGUUGCAGCGUGUGGAAGUACUAAUAUCACUGCGAGUUAUAAUCAUAGUGAAGGCUAUAAUACUCGAGACUAUAAGAAUCAAAGGCACAAUAAUCAUAGGAACAACUGCCAAAGGAACAACUGCCAAAGGAACAAUAAUCAGGAUAACAAGACUAUUCAUCAAAACCAAGGUAAUUUUGUACCCCCUCCUCAGGGCAUGAUGAUGGGUAUGUCACACAUGCACUUCCCGAACUAUGGAAAUAACAUCAAUCCAAUUUCUUCAAAUACCGUUCCUUAUUCGUCUAUGGUUCCUUCGGUAGCAGAACAGAGGAAGUAG